AUGUUACAUUCUUCGAAAUAUCCAUCUCCAAUAUGGUUAUGGUGGCGUCGAAAAGCAUUUUAUCUUCGAAGAUUGCCUUAUAUAAAAAUUAUAUUUUUAAUUUUGUGUUUUCUACUUUUAAUUACACAAAUACCGAAUCCAUUUUCUUCCAUAUACAAACGAAUUCCACUUAAUCAAAAUGUUCCAUGGGAUAGUAUUAGUGAAAUAUUGGAAAUGAAAGAAAACGUUCUUUUUAAUGAUUCUUUAUCAAAACUGGUUAAAAUAAUAAAAAAAAGCAAUAAAGAAGCCCAAUCAUCAACACCUAUUCUUAUUCUUCUCUAUACAAGUAUUUUUCUUAAUAAAAAAUAUUGUCGUCACAAACCCGAUAGUAUAUUUGGUCAAUCUUGUCCAUCAAAAACUCGAUGUCAAUGGUCAUGUGAUAAUCGAAAAUUAUCUCAAGCAGAUGCAAUUAUUUUUCAUGCAUAUGAUAUACAAUAUUAUCAGGCUCAAGUACCAAAACGUUCCGAAACUAAAAAUAAUGCUAUAUGGAUUUUAUGGUCAGAUGAACCACCUUCAAUGGUCGACUAUUCUUUAUUUGAACAAUAUAAAUUUAAUUGGACAAUAAGUUAUAAAUCAAAUAGUGAAGUAUCUAUAGGUUCAUAUGGUUUAUUAAGUACACGAAAAUUAACAUUUUCGAAUGCUGAUUAUAAUCGAUGGAUUCAGCAACAAUUUAAUGAUCGAUCAAAAGGUGCACUUUGGUUUGUAUCAAAUUGUAAUUCUAAACAACGUUUAGAAUAUUAUCAUAAUUUAAAACGUCAACAACUUAUAUCAGUUGAAGGUUAUGGUCGUUGUGUUGAUUAUUAUCCAAUGCAUUUUUGUAGUGCCGGUAGUCAAUGUGAACAUGAUUAUAUGUCAAAAUUUAAAUUUUAUUUAAGUUUUGAAUCAACAACAUGUCGAGAUUAUAUCACAGAAAAAUUUUUUAAAGCAUUCUAUCAUGGUCUUAUUCCUAUUGUUUAUGGUCCUGAUCGAAUUGAUUAUAAUCAAUUAGCACCAGCUGAUUCCUAUAUACAUAUUAAUGAUUUUGAUAAAGAUAUGAAUAAACUUGCUAAACAUUUACAAGAAAUUCAUUCGAAUUAUAAUUUAUAUACAUCAUAUCAUCAAUGGAGAAAAAAAUAUGAAGUUAUUAUUGAUGGUAGAGCAUUAGAACGAAUUCGUAUGUGUGAAUUAUGUGAACGUUUAAGUAAAACACAUCAAGAUGAUAUAACUUAUUAUGAAAAUAUUGAACAAUUUUAUCAUGAAAGAUGUUAA